AUGUUGAGAACAGCGAUUAGAAACAAUGUACAAGUAUCUCAAAAGAGAACUUAUAUUAUGUCAACCAUUGCCAGCACAUUUCUUGGUUCAAUACUUUUCUCCAAGAAUAACCAAUUAGCUUCAAAAAUGGAAAAUGGAGAAUUACACAUGCCAAAAGAUCCAACUCUUUCAUAUUUGAAUAAUAAUAAUAGUAAUAAUCAAGCAGAACCAUAUUUUAAAAGAAGAGAACCAGAUUAUCCAGGACAUGUACCAUUAUAUAAUUAUGAAAAAUUUUUAAUGUUUUUAGGAUCAAGUAUUGGAUCAUUUUUUCAUCCUGAAGAAAAUAAAUAUAUUGUUGCCCUUGGAGAAAGUACAGCAAUUGAACCAAUUUUGAAAAAAUUACAAAAAACAAUGUUAUCUGAUGAAAUAGGUAGACAAAUAUUAAAAGAAAAACCAAGAAUAACUUCAACUUCUUUAAAUUUAGAUUAUUUACGUUCAUUACCUGAUAAUACAAUUGGUAAAAAUUAUAUUAAUUGGUUAGAUAAAGAAGGUGUUAGUCCAGAUACAAGAGUUCAAGUUAAAUAUAUAGAUAAUGAAGAAUUAAGUUAUAUUUUUCAAAGAUAUAGAGAAUGUCAUGAUUUUUAUCAUGCUAUAACUGGAUUACCUAUUAUUAUUGAAGGGGAAAUAUCAGUUAAAGUCUUUGAAUUUAUGAAUAUUGGUAUACCAAUGACGGGAUUAGGUGCUUUAUUCGCUCCAUUAAGAUUAAAAUCAAGUCAAAGAAAAAGAUUAAGAGAAAUUUAUUAUCCUUGGGCCAUUAAAAAUGGUAUUUAUUCAAAACCUUUAAUUAAUGUUUAUUGGGAAAAGAUAUUAGAACAAGAUGUUGAUGAAUUUAGAAAACAAAUGGGAAUUGAAACUCCUCCUGAUUUAAGAAAUAUGAGAAAGGAAUAUUUUGCCAGAAAGAAACUUGAAAAACAAGGUAAGUUGUAA